GCUGGGAAAAGGGAGGCAGAGGAGGCGGAGGCAGAGCCCGAGCCAGGCGCCGAGAGCCAGCGGCGGACCGGCGGCGCGAGCCCUCCUGCAACCCGCGCCGGGGCCCAGAGGCAGUGGCUCCUCGCCCGCACCCCGGCCUGGCCUGGUAGUCAGGGGCCCGAGAGCCGCCUCCGACGAGGGCUGGCCCUUUGGAAGGCGCCUUCAGCAGCAGGACCAGGCAGGCCACCAUGACCGAGAACUCCACGUCCACUCCUGCGGCCAAGCCCAAGCGGGCCAAGGCCUCCAAGAAGUCCACAGACCACCCCAAGUAUUCAGACAUGAUCGUGGCGGCCAUCCAGGCGGAGAAGAACCGCGCGGGCUCCUCGCGCCAGUCCAUCCAGAAGUACAUCAAAAGCCACUACAAGGUGGGUGAGAACGCCGACUCCCAGAUCAAGUUGUCCAUCAAGCGCCUGGUGACCACCGGUGUCCUCAAGCAAACCAAAGGGGUGGGGGCCUCGGGCUCCUUCCGGCUGGCCAAGAGCGACGAACCCAAGAGGUCAGUGGCCUUCAAGAAGACCAAGAAGGAAGUCAAGAAGGUGGCCACUCCAAAGAAGGCAGCCAAACCCAAGAAGGCUGCCUCCAAAGCCCCAAGCAAGAAGCCCAAAGCCACCCCAGUCAAGAAGGCUAAGAAGAAGACGGCUGCCACGCCCAAGAAAGCCAAAAAACCCAAGGUUGUUAAAGCCAAGCCCGUCAAGGCAUCUAAACCCAAGAAGGCCAAACCAGUGAAGCCCAAAGCCAAGUCCAGUGCCAAAAGGGCGGGCAAGAAGAAGUGACAAUGAAACCUUUCCCCCCCUCUUCUAUUUUCUGUAAAUACUUUUCUCCUUUCUUCUCUCUUGAUCCUCAUCUGCAGCCCUUUGCCCAUCCUGGUCUGACUUUAUAAGGGACAGAUUUGGAUUCCUCAGAAAUCAUGGAAUAAUUCCUUUUUCCCUAACCAGUUGUGCAAGGACAGCAGCCACCGAUCUCAUCUGCACAAGGAUGAGGAUGCACUUGGACUUCGUCUUCUCGAUUUGCCAUUCAUUUUAGGGAUUGGGAUCUGGGUGGGCUCUGUUUUGUUGGGUGGCUUGUUUGCUGUGAAGGUAGAUGGGGAGGAAAUUGGGCAAGGCUGUACUUUCUGCUGACUGAGGGGCCCAGGAGCUAAGGAUGGGAGGAUCUUUAGGGCUUUCUUUAAGUUGGGCACCCAUGGAAUUUCAGAGCCCUUCUUGGUGGGUGAGCAGUGGGGGUCUAGGCCUUCCUUCUCACUCUGUUGUUUGCCCUUUGGCCCACUGUUGUUUUAGGGAGGGUUGGGGAUCUGAGUGACAGCUGGAUGGAGAAGCUGUAGCUUCUCCCAGUCAGUGGGAACUAGCCAUUGGGGGGUGGGGAGGAUCUUUGUGGUUUGGGCAGUCUCUUUAUUAAAUGGGAGUGGAAAUUUUAGGGGAAGGGUGAGGAGUCAGCGAAGUGCCUCAGUGUACCCUUUUAAACUUGGGUUUUUCCACACAAUUGACAGAUUGUGUCCAGGAGGACUUUUUCUUUCUCCUUGUUUUUUUUUUGUGCCUCCUGUUUUAAGAUGCGGCUUUGCUUGGUUUGAUCUGGUGCGGCUUCAGUCCCACACCAGCCUCUUAAAAGCCUCUCACCUCUUUACUUGUGAGUCUUUCUAGGGGGUGUUGCAGUAAGACUCGCUGCAGUUGCUCUGGGUUUGCUAAGUAGCGUAGAGAGCUAGGUCUGAUGCAUGCGUGUGUAUAUGUAUAUAUGCCUAUCUAGGGCUAGUCCUUAUGCCUCGCCAGGAGCUGGGAGAAAAAAAAUGUACAGUUGUCUUUCUCUUAUUUUUAAUAGGAAAAUCGCGCACUUGCGCCCCCUCCCCCUUUUAAACAAGUGUUAUUUGUGCCGGGAAAAUUUUGCUGUCUUUGUAAUUUUAAAACUUUAAAAUAAAA